GUCUGUUUCUGUUUAUUUUACUCACUCUCGAGCUGUAUCAUUGAAGAUUGGCUUCCCCUUACAACAUAAGCAACUUAUACAUACGAGGAGAGGAGCAUAUGUACAUACAUUCGAACAGGAGAUUUCGAUUCUAAUAAACAUCUAAACUGAUUGUACGCACUGGGAACAAUGAUACCAUGUGGCGAGUGUGUAUUUUCUCAAGAUAAAUUAUGAGAAAAGCACACUUUACUAUCUUCAACGCUGAGGGACGGACCCAGCUUUGAUUUGGAGGGCAGUGUAAUGUGACAACAUCAUGGCGACGACUACGGGCGGUGUAGUGGUGGUGGAGCCUUGGAGAAAACAAAAUAUUAUUCAGGCCAUCGCAGCCUUGGACAUUGUAAUUGCAACGUUGUCGGUUUUUUAUAAUGGUAAAACCCUUCUUGUAAUAUUUGACGGACUUCACGAACACGGGGAAGAAAAAAACUGGCCAUUCAUGAUACUCGUUCUCUCCAUCACCUUUGGGAUACAACUGUUUGGCAUUGUUCUAGCCAUGAUGCUCUUCAAAUCGAGUAGAGAGGAGUCUUCUACUUUAGUCCAAGCGAUUUGCAUAACGAAGGUUUGGCAGGUCGUGUCCAUAUCAUUUUUGUUCUUGUUAACGGUGGAAUUUUAUGUGGGCUUGAGGACAUUCGAGUACAACAAUUAUAUUGUGCUCUUCUUUGCAUUCAUAGCAUUUAAAGUGGGGUGGAAAAUUUUUACAAUUUUAUAUGUGCAGACAUUUAGAAAAGAUCUUGAAUCAGGUUUAUCACACAAUUCUGCUGAAGAUGAGCAGGACCAUCUCAGUUUAACUCCAGUGUUUCGCAUGGUAAUUACUAGUCCAGAAAAUUGUGAUGUUGACGUAAGCGACAACGAAACUGACCAGCAGCAAUCGAGCACAGACAUUGAGCAUAAACAUGAAAUGAAUAUAUAUAAGGAUGUGAAAUAAUAAUUUAUUAAUUUUAAGACUGAUAACUACUAAAUACACAUUUGUUUAAUAAUGAUUUUCCAUGAUCCACAAUGUAAUUCAUAAUAUCCAUUCCUCAUGUCAAUUAGUUCACAAGUGUACAUACAUAUUUGCAUCUUGGAACAGGCAUCCAAAAUUGUAGUAUGUAUAACCUAUUCAGGAAUACUAUUUAACAUUUCGUGCUAGUUUACAUACGAACGCUUCUAUUUACCUGUGUAUUGCACUCUUUCAUUAAUUUUAUAUUCAAGAUUAAAUUAUAUGUACAACUAUGCGCACUCUUAAUUGUGUGUACCCUGCAUAUGUAUGUACAUAUGUAUGUGCAAAAUUACGCACGAUGUAUGACCCAUGUGUGACCUUCUUAAUGUAUUAAGUGAGUAUACGCAAGAAAAAGUUGUUGUCUGAAUUUAUCAAGGAAAUACAAAGUCCAACAAUUACUUGUGACAAAUAAUUUGCUAAUCUAUGACUAAUCCAUCUUUUAUCCCAGAAAGUUGACCAUUGGGUCACAAUGUUGAAUGUCUAAGUUACGACUUGCGAUGUCUCAACCACGCAAACACGUCGGUAUGCAGUACUAAUUUAAUAUUCGGAUUUCAAAGAUGGAUAUAUAAUAAAGGAAUACCUUAAAAAGUUCAGUUGACUAUUAGAGAUUAAAGAUCCAAGGAUGGAUAAAAAUUCGGAAUCUAUUGUCUAAUUUUCUCUACACGUUAUUGCAUUCGUAUCAGCAUGACAUCACAUCGUCGUAUGCAUAUUAUCCUUAACAAUGCUCUAUUUUCUCAACGAAAGUAGUAGGUUGGGAGUGUCGAUAUUACUGCUGUUAUUCAAUCAACUCAUUCACUUUUGCAUUGUGCAGCAGAUAGAGUUGUUGAGACCUGAGAGGGGAAGAUGGACAAUAGAAAUGUUUUUAGAGCAGGACAGAUUUGAGACUAAAUUAGUUUUCUUAUCGACGGAUAACAUUCAUCAUCACAUGCCAAACUCUCGAAAAAUGAAUCCAGAAUAAUAACAACUCCUUGACACACAUGUUACAGCAAACUGAGUUGGUUUAUUAUUAUUGAUAAAAAUGGAAUGAAUUUGGAACAGACUUGCAUAAUUAUUAUUUCUGCAUAAGUAUCAUGGAUCCCAUAUGGCUCAUGUGUGUUAUUUUUGUGUCAACAAGACUACACUUCGUCCGUCUCGCCUUGCCACGUCGAGCAUAAGCAUAUAAACAAAUAAGCCAACCCUUGAUUCUACUUCCCAACUUGGUAAUAAUAAACGGAUGUUGUAGUUUUACCAGCAUGUCAUCAUCCAACGCGCAGCUUGUUUCCGCUGGUGUGUUUGCCAAAUGUACUUUUCCUAGAAAUCACUCUUACGUGUAGGUACAUACGUGAAGCAAUCAUGCAACGCCAAUUUCGGGGGACACAUUUACGAUAAAAUUAAUGUCUCUCCUAUUGACCAUCAAAUCGAACUGGGUAGAAUUUAUGUACAGGGGCAUCAAAACUCGAUCAAAUUUUGCUAUUGUUUUUUGCACACUCUGAAACUCGUGCUUUGUUGUAAUCACAAACAAACUCAGCAAGGGUUGGCCCCCUCGGCUUCCCAGUCCAGGGGACCACGAGAGUGAGAGAGAGAGAGUGAGAGUGGAGGGUGACUCAUGAUAUUUUCCAAUGGACCAGAUUGUCAUGAAAUAUUCAACACUUGGUAAUAAAACAUUCAUGUGUUAAGAACAACGCUCCCCCACUUAUUAUUCUGUCUUACGACAGUGCAGUGACUACCCCACGUAGUAAUUUUCAACAUUCUGGUCUACUCAUUCAUACGACAACAAUAUACAAACUCCUUAAAAAGUAAUACUCCAAAUUCUCAAGUUUCUUUAUUUUUGACACUAUGUGAUGUGAGCAAUAAGUGAACACACCCUGAUAGCGAGUGAGUGAAUGAAUAAGUCAAAUCCUCCUCUAAGUUAUGAGUAAUCAUGUUAACGAAUUUUUCAUACUUUCCUGCAGAUUGGUAAUGAGAUCCGCACAUUAGUAGUACGACAUACACCUCUUCGCUCGUGCGAGUUAGUAUACACAACAAUCUCCUCAUCCAAACAACUUAUUAACAGGACGACCCAACUUACUUUUAGUCCCAACUUUCGAGAGUUUUCAUGCAACCGUGUGAAUACAGUAUUUCUUUAAUUUGCAUCUAAUUAAAUAAUAAAGUAUGCACUAAUAUAUUUAAUGCACUUGUGAAUGUGCCGUGUGAAAAUAAAUCUAACGAAAACAAACUAAUUCAAGUGACCCUGAACUUUCCGGAUUAAUAACUGACGUUAAAAGUUGAGUGGCCUGACUGACAUUUGAUAAGUUGGACAAACUAAUUAGCACAGAUAUUUAUAAAAGUGUGAAACAUUAAAACUUGAGUUUGGGGUUUAAAAUUCAACGAGAGCAUUUGAACAUUAUAUGUGAGCGUAUGUGGGUGUCAAAUCAGUGACAAGUGUAUUUUUACGUAUUUUUAAGAGCACGGAGUAUCCUUGCUCGUAAAUACAUAUAUGCUAUUGAGUAACUGAGUUUCAGUCGAGAUAAGAGUGAAUUGUUCAAGUUGAAUGCUGAAUGCUGAUACAGGGAUUCUAUUGAAUUGGGCGAGAGUGGAAUCCGUAAUCAGAAAAGACAAUAAAACCAAAAGCUGAUCGAGUGGUGUGGUGUGUGUGUAGUAUGAUGAGUUGGACAUACCAAUUCUACUGAACUUGAGACUUUUGUGUAAUGAUGAUACACAAAUAACCAACAUUAUUUUACUCACGCUUUAUUAAUGUGAAUAUUUGCUUAUUAGUAAAUACAUGGUUCAUACACGUCUGCAUACUCGUUCACAGUCAAGUGAAUUGAAUUACAUACAACUCAACUUCCAAAUAUUUGCUGGAUGAGUUAUUGCAGUAAAUGACAUCAUUCACCACAUAGUUUAGCCACAAAAGAGGAAAUAAUAGGUUAUCAUUGCAAAACUGAUAAGAUACAGCGAGAUUGUCUCUCUCACUGGUUUCCUCUCUAAAGUGGAGAUUUAAUUACUCCAGGCCAAUUGCUAAAUAGCAGCACACCAAUCUAGGUGUGGCCGUUUAUUUUAAUAAUUCUUCCCCUUUGCCUCACAAGGAAUUUUCAAAUUUGAAAUUAACAUGGAAAGAAAUAGCAAAUCCCCAAGUCCGAGCCCUCCUGGACUCAGUGAUGAGGAGCGGAACGAAAUCCGGGAAGUAUUCCAAGCAAUCGACAAAGACCGGAGCGGCUUCAUAGACUCGAAAGAGCUUAAAGAAGCCUUGGAUGGGGUGGGACUCAAGCUGCCAGGAUGGCAAAUUCGCGACCUUAUCCAAACCUAUGAUUCGUCAAAUGCGGCCCACCGAGGAAAGUUGUCAUUGGACGAGUUUGAAGCUAUGUGUUCCAACCUCAAAAUGAAAGAUGUAGCAAAGUCCUUCAAACAAGUUGUCAUCAAGAACGAGACGCUUCAAACGAUUGGAGGACUGUCCUACGCUUCUAGUGAAGGCACGACACAUUCAAUUCGUUUGGAGGAGCAAUUAGCAUUUUCACACUGGAUCAAUGAACAUCUUGGUCACGACCCCGACUUGAAACAUUUGCUGCCAAUUGACGCCGAGGGUAAAAAUCUUUACGACAAAGUCAAGGAUGGAAUCCUCCUCUGCAAGAUUAUCAACCACUCCUGCCCCGACACAAUCGAUGAGCGAGCCAUCAAUAAGAAGAACUUAACUCUGUAUACCAAGCAUGAAAAUCUUACCUUGGCCCUCAUGUCGUCUCAAGCCAUUGGUUGCAAUAUUGUCAAUAUCGAUGGGAAUGAUUUGAUGUUGGGAAAACCACAUCUUGUUCUUGGCCUGUUAUGGCAAAUCAUCCGAAUUGGUCUUUUCAGCCAAAUUACAUUGGAGCAUUGUCCUGGUCUCGCCCACUUAUUGUUGGACGGUGAAACCAUUGAAGACUUAGUUCGCCUUCCUCCUGAAGCAAUUCUUUUGAGAUGGGUCAACUACCACCUGGCCCGAGCUGGGGUUGCACGCAGGUGCACCAACUUUCACAGCGAUAUCCAGGAUUCAGAAAUUUAUAUUCAUCUUCUUAGUCAAAUUGCUCCAAAUGAUGCCCAUGUUACCACCAAUGCACUCAUGGAAAAUGAUGCUCAUCAACGUGCUGAACUGAUGCUGCAAGAAGCUGAUAAAUUGGGAUGUAGGGCAUUUGUCACUCCUUCCGAUGUAGUGAAAGGUGUGCACAAGUUGAACUUGGCUUUUGUCGCCAACUUAUUCAACAAUCACCCGGGUCUGGAUAAGCCCGUUGAUGGAGUUGAGUUCAUAAUUGAAGAAACUCGAGAAGAGAAAACAUACAGGAAUUGGAUGAACUCAAUGGGGGUCACUCCUCAUGUGAACUGGCUCUACUCCGACCUUGCAGAUGCGCUGAUAAUUUUCCAACUUUAUGAUACGAUUAAACCUGGAAUCGUUGAUUGGAACCGUGUUCAUAAAAAGUUUUCAAAACUUAAAAAGUUUAUGGAAAAAUUGGAGAACUGCAACUAUGCUGUAGAAUUGGGAAAGAAGUUAAAGUUCUCCCUCGUGGGGAUUGCUGGUCAAGAUAUUUCUGAGGGAAAUCCAACCCUUACAUUGGCUCUAAUUUGGCAACUUAUGCGAGCCUACACUUUGUCUGUGCUCACCAAAUUGACAAAUAGUGGAGACCCUAUCACAGAGAAGGAAAUUAUUUCAUGGGUGAAUGAAAAAUUGGCAAAUUCCGGAAAGACCACCAGUAUUCGCAGCUUCCAAGAUGGGAGCAUUUCCAAUGCUAAGGUUGUGUGCGACUUAAUCGAUGCGAUAAAACCGGGAAGCAUCAACUACGACGUCCUUAAGGACACCGGAACGGAAGCGGACAACUUAGCAAAUUCCAAGUAUGCUGUGUCGAUGGCAAGAAAGGCCGGUGCACGAAUUUAUGCGCUACCCGAAGACAUUGCUGAAGUGAAGCAUAAAAUGGUCAUGACAGUUUUCGCAUGUUUAUAUGCACUUGAGAUUUCGCUUGGACUGGAAGCUCGUGUUCAGUAAAACAAUUUUGAAAAUGGAGUAAUUUAUUGUGUGAAGACAAAUAUAUACAAAAAUAAAUAUUUACUAGCACCUAGAUUUGCUAGCAUCAUUGGAACAUUUAAGUGUCACACAGUAUUAAAAAGUUGAAUAAUUUGUAAAUAUUAUUAUGAAAAAAGUUUCCGAUCGCUGGAAGUAAAAUUUGCAAAAUGCAAAGCUUUAUAGCUCGUACCACCUUCACAGUACACCUGCCAACUUCUGAAUGUAGUAAAAGACAAUGCAGUCUUUAUACCGUGACCAUAAAAUUGUUAUUUAUGUAAUAAUUUCAUUGCCAAUAUUGGGUUGUAUUCUUCUUAAUAAACUGUCGUAUUAAUAGAGGCGGUUCACAUGGAAUGCUUUUACCAGUUACCGAAAGCUUUAGUGAUUUAUGUACCAUUGCGAUAUGUAUAUUUUGUCUUCUCUUAUCUUCUGAUAAAUAAAUGACACUCUUGUUGUCUCCACAAAUGCAUGCA